GUGCCUUCCCCAGACUCAGCUCCUGGUGAAGCUCCCAGCCAUCAGCCAUGAAGGUCCUGUAUCUCCUCUUCUCGUUCCUCUUCAUAUUCCUGAUGCGUCUUCCAGGUGUUUUUGGUGAUAUAAGGAAUCCUAUUACCUGCCUUAAGAGUGGUGCCAUAUGUCAUCCAGGCUUUUGCCCUGGAAGGUAUAAACAUAUCGGCGUCUGUGGUGUCUCUGCAAUAAAAUGCUGCAAAAAGCCAUGAGGAGGCCAAGAAGUUGCUGUAACUGAUGUGGAUUCAGAAAGGGCUCCCUCAUCAGAGAUGUGUGACACGUGAACAAAAUUAAACUGUGGUGUUCAGAUUUACGGAA